GUCUUAGACAUCGAAAGUGCUACUGUUUAUAAAUAAAUGAAAAUGAAAUUGUCUUCUGCUGUUAAACUUGUUUUAUUCUUAUUCAAAACCUUACCCAUAAAUGAAACCAAUUAUGUUCAGUUUGUGAGGCAGAAAUACGGGUCUUCAACAGUCAAGGAUGUUUGGUUAUUAGGAAAAUCUAUCUUAAGAUUACACAAAAUUAAACUAGAUUUAGCGUUCUUAAAAACAUGUAAACGUAACAAACUUACACCAAAAUUUAUUAAAUUCAAAGUCACUUUAGUACAUCAAGUGUAUCGUAAAUCAAUUGAGAAAUGUUAUCACGAUAUGUUAGUCCAAGAGAUAAAGUGGAAGAAACGCGAACUAACAAAAAUGUAUAGGCUAACCAACUCAAUGAAUGAAAUUAUUAAGCAACAAUUAAAUGAAUUUCACUUUAUUAGAAUUAGAUCUAUUAUUGAAUGUAUUGUUGAAAGACGAUGUGCUGUGUGGAAAAACAUACAUGAUAAGAAAAUACAGUUAUUGAAACAUCGUCGUGAAUUUACUCUAGAUUCACAAACAAAUCAAAUUAAUCCAAUUACAAAUCUAUCUAAUAAAAUUUUGAACGACGACGAAAAAGAAGCUCUGAUUAAUGGUCUAGACUUUGUGCCACAAUCGAAUAAAUUUGAUGAACAGUCUUUUAUCGCUAAUGUUGAACUUUGUUUUGUCUCACUUCUGGGUUAUCAAACGGAUCAAUUUGACUGGGAAGACAAGGAUCAAUAA